AUUUAUUUAUAUUGCAGCAAGCAAGGGGCUGUCUUAUAAAUAACCACAUUCUAUUCUCUCUUCUCCAGCAGGCACACAGAGGAAACUGCAAUGCUUUCUCAUGUCUGGAGCCCCCUCUGGUGGAAAUAUAGAGCUUAACUGCCUGUUACAAGGAAACAUACAAGAGCCAAGAUAGGGAAGGUUCGGUGCAGGUUCUGUGCAGCCGGCAUGAAUGUUCACCGGUCCUUCACAGGAGACCAGGGUGAUCUGGAAGCAGACAUGAAGGAUGAUUUACCUUUGACAUUGGACACCCUCCUCCAUGUUCAACAGCUCAGGAAAAAGACACUGAGGUCCUUCUGCAGCAAAACUGCUAAAGUCACCAAGCUUCCAACCAGCCAGCAACAAGCAGCCGAGGUGCUUUCAAGGAUCGCAGUGAGUACCAAGCUGGAUUUCCUGUAUUGCCAAGUGCCAGCAAUUGGGCUGGAAAUCUGGGAAUGGCUUUUGGAGGUGCUAGAGGAGAAAGCAGAUGUGACACUGGAGGUGCCAGUUCGCCAGCCCCAGCAGCGUGGUCUACAGAAGCGACUCAGUGAGUACAACCUAACAGCAAUGGAGGCUAUGCUGAGAUCCUACACCAAAGUGCUGUUCAUCAGGGACCCUUUCCAGAGACUCAUCUCGGCUUACAUGCAGAGACUGGCAGAUGGCCUAACUUUCAAAGAGUUUAUCCAGAGCAUUUUAAACAGGGGACCCCAGAAUGCCAGCAUGGAGUGGAAGCCACUGGUCAGCCUGUGCCGGCCAUGCCUCAUCCAGUAUGACUACGUGAUGAUGUUUGGCUUCCUCAACAGGGAGGUACAUCACCUAAUGCGUCGCAUGGGGCUGCCAAUGGACUUCCACCUGCCUGAGUUCACAGACUCGCAGAUCCAGAGCACUUAUAGCUGGCUAUCAGAGCAGUUACUCAGCGAGCUGUCACUCAAAGAAAGGCGGCAGCUGGCCCACUUCUAUCGCUGGGACUUUGCUGCCUUCCGAUUUUCUAGCAGUUUGCUUUGGGACCUCCCCAGUACUGAAGGGAGCAAGUAAUUAGGAGAACAAUUACAGAGAGUAGCCAUCCAAUGACAGUCCUCAAAUAUGUUAAGGACUGUUAUAAAGAAGGUGGUGAUCAAUUGUUCUCCCUGUCCACGGAAGGUAGGACAAGACAUGAUGGGCUUAGUCUGCAGGGAAGGAGAUUUAGGUUAAAUAUUAGGAAAAACUUUCUAACAAUAAAAGGUAGUUAAUGUCUGGAACAGGCUUCCAAAGGAGGGUGUGGAACCCCCAACAUUGGAGGUUUUUAAAAACAGGUUGGACAAACACCUGUGAGGGAUGGUCUAGGUUUACUUGGUCCUGCUUUAGCGCAGGCGGCUGGACUUAAUGACCUCUUGAGGUCCCUCCACUUCUACAUUUCUAUGAUUGUUAGUCUAAAAGCAAAUGCUUCACAAUUCAAGCUAAUCACCAGCUGGAGUCAGGAAAAACCCUCCCUCCAUGGUACAUUGCAGUACAGUUGUCCAAGUGCACCACGCAGGGCUGCACCUUCCAAAGAUGAGUCUAGUACAGACCACUGUCAAAGACAGGAUACCGAACUAGACUGAUCAUUGCCCUGUGUUUAAAUACUGCAGUGAUGGAGGCUCUAGAAAUGCAUAAGACAGAUAGAUAGGUGUAGUCUGAUGUAGCACUUCCUAUGAUUCUUGAGGACUUUUUCUAUGAGAAAGCCCAUCAAGGACAAGAUAACUUUGAGAAAAAAACAGUAUUUCACGGAGCAGGUUUGCUUAGAGACCACAACAAAGCACAGGCAGUCACAUCUCCAUCAACAUCAUUCCUUCAGCAAUCUUCUGUGCCCUGAAUACCCCCCGUUUCAUUUCCCAGAUGCUACCCACCUUUGGGGUUGGAAGCAUUUCCCUUUACAGCCUGUAAUCAUAUCCCCACCAUACACACAUGCCCCAACAAGAAGGGAUCCUGCAAAAUAAGCAAAACAACUUGUUCUAGAAAACAUAGAGGCAACAUCCAAACUGUGAGGCCCUCUGUGGGGAAAAUGCUGACCGUGUUUCCAUUCCCGGCAUGUCCUGAAGAAGGCCUUGCACUAACCAUAGCUUUGCUCUAUUACCAGUUUCCAUUUUCAUGAGCUCAUAUCCCUGCUGCUGCAUUGGCCAAGAGAGCUGGCUGGCCCAGAGAGACAUGCUCCUUCAGGUGGCACAGUGGCUGCUGUCCCUAGGAACUCUGGGAAGCAUUGUGCGUCCAGUUUGGAACAUGUGUUAAUACUACUAUACAGCGGAAGCUUAUAGCUUCACACAGGAUGAUACUGAUCAGCAAAUUAUGAGUUUUCAAAUAAUACUUACAUGGCAUAUUUUGUACAAAAAUUAUUACAAUUGGGAGUAGUGUGUGAACACGGGGGCAUAUUCUGUCACUCAGCCAUAACGUUUUGAGCUGAAUUUUAGAUAUAUUUUUAAAUGUCUAGAAACUUGGUAAACUGCGUGCAAGCAAACAAUAUGCAUUUUGCUAUACAUAAAUGUAAAUGUAUAUACCUAGGAACAAAGGAUGUAGGAUAUAGUUACAGAAUGGGCGAUUCUAUUCUGGGAAGCAGUGACCCUGAAAAAGAUUUGGGGGUCAUGGUGGAUAAUCAGCUAAACAUGGGCUCCCAACAUGGCAUUGUGGCCAGAAAAGCUAAUGCCAUCCUGGGAUUCAUAAACAGUGAAAUCUCGUGUAGGAGUAGAGAGGUUAUUUUACCUCUCGAUUUGGCACUGGUGUGACUGUUACUAGAAUACGAUGUCCAGUUCUGGCGCCCACAGUUCAAAAAGAUUGCUGAUAAAUUGGAAAUGGUUCAGAGACGAGCCACAGGAAUUAUUAGAAAACAUGCCUUAUAGUGAUAAGCUCAAUGAACUCUAAAUUUAUUUAGCUUAACAAAGAGAAGUUAAGGGUGACUUGAUUACAGUCUGUAAGUACCUACAUCGUGAACAAACAUUUAGUAAUGGGCUCCGCGAUCUAGCAGAGAAAGGUAAAACACAAUCCAAUGGCUGGAAAUUAAAGCUAGACAAAUUCAGACUGGAAAUAAGGCA